AAAGUCCGCCAGGAAAUCGACAAGAAAUUUUCACAAGCGUGCACCACGGCUGAUAAGCUUUGUCAAAGAGGUCAAGAGGGACCUAAGGGAGAAAAAGGUGCCCCUGGGUACCCCGGAUACAAGGGAGAAAAAGGAGCCCCUGGGAAAACUGGCCCGCGUAGUAUUUUGGGCCCUAAAGGAACUAAAGGCAUCAGAGGAACACAAGGGCCCACGGGAGAACAAGGAUUCAAGGGAGCAAAAGGUGAAGAGGGAGUAGUAGGCUCUCGUGGAGCAAAAGGAGACACUGGACUUAUGGGCCCACCUGGUUUGAAAGGAUCUACUGGAAUAAAAGGGAGCAAAGGAAACAGGGUCUUAAAUGGUAUUCAAGGACCAAAAGGAGAAUGCAUCGUUACUCUCAGAAUAUCUGUUUCUCCAGAAUCUCAGUAUGUGUUUCUGAACAAACCGGCAACUUUUUAUUGUUGGGUUCAAGGUCAUUUGUCCAAGAAAAUAACUUGGCGUAAGCUUGGAAGUUCUUUUUCUUAUGACAGUACAGCAGAUGGUGUUCUGCAUAUCAAGAAUGUACAAAGGUCGCACAUUGGAUCAUACUUGUGCACGGUUUUCACCAAUUAUGGAGUAUUCCGUGCUUUAACUAUUUUAGGAAUUAAAGGUGAGCUAUCUUUGUUUGCCUUUUUGUCAUCUGUACAAACAUGAUCGAUUUAGCAAGUUGUCGACCAUAUGCUUCAUAUGUACAUUUCCCUUAAAUUUAGUGAUCGCUUUUUUAAAAUUUGCGAUGUUUAACGAGAUAAAUAUUUGCGAGAUAUUCAGUUUGGGCCAUUCUUCUUCUGAAGUCUUUCGAGUUUAUUUCCUUUAAUCAUCUUAAUGAUUAAAUCAAAGUUUGGCUUUAUUUAAUUUCCCGCAGUAUCUCCAGUAUUAACAAGAAAACCUCCUCCUCAAGUGUAUGCAGACAAAAGAACUACUGUAAAUCUAUGUUGUGAGGCAGACGGUUCACUGGUUUGGACAAGAGCACAAAGAGCUCUUACCCUGGUACCAUCAUCUCAGCAGAACGGAUGUCUUACCUUAAGUAACGUGAAUAAACAAAGUUCGGGAAAUACACUUGUCGUGCAAGCAAUGAGUUUGGAUUCGCAGAAGCUACUACCGAAGUAAUUUAUACAGGUUGUGUCACUUUUCUUACUUCCUUAAAGCAACAACUUCAGAAAAAUUAUUAUUCUUUGGCCUUUGAAAAGAGUUUCUCAUGCGUUAGUAAAAACAGAACGGGGGAGGGGGAAGUCUGUGAAGAAGUCAUAACCGAGCUACUUGUUUAAGUUUAGCGUCCUUUUUUAUAGUUAGUGCAUUACAGCGUUCAGAGUUAUUCAUAAGUAUUUCAUUAUUUUUAUACGGACUUGCCCUUUUCAGUCACACUUCUUCGUCAAAAUAAUUUUAGUUUCUAACAGCAGCUUUAAAUUUGUAAACGAUAACCUUCCCCGGGAUUUCUCCUUUAAUUAACCGGCUCCGGGAGUGGGUACAAAAAGGGUGUUUUUCUGACCUGAUUUUACAAGCAAAAUCCCUACCAAGCUUGUAAAAAGCCAAAUAUUCCUACCAGGCACUAGAUGCCCUACAGUUUAAGAAAAAUUUGAUCAGAGUACUCAAACUAACAGCUCAAUUCUUAUGUUUAUGUGUUUUUUUUCAAACUUUUAGGGUGUACAGCUCUAGGCCAAUCCUUCGAGGUACAUAAUUUUACAUUUAAUUUAACGAGUAAGCUCUCAUAAUGGUGAAACAGUUUUGGACCAUCUUUUCUUCUGGGUAAGGGGAAGACAAUGUUAUGUACAUGUGUUAUAUAUCAUGACCAAUCAUAUCUUGACGCCUGACAACAAAGUUUGUGAGCUGUGCCUACUAAUUUUCCCACAGUUUUAUUACAAUUAUGCAUUUCAUUUUUGGGUUUAUGAAUAGGUUAAUGACGAAGAAUGUUAUUUAGUAGUUGCUAAGUACUUAAACAUUUCUUGAUAUAAAAUCGCUACAAAAAGGCUAUUACAACCUCGUUUACCUUAGGUAUGCAGUAGAUUUAAGUUAUCGAGGCUUUUGCAGUAAUUAAAUAGUCCAGUUGUUUUCGCAAAACACGCCUUGUUUCCUUGCUUAUGCUUGACAAUUAUCAUUAUCAUCUUUCUAACUGACAGCGGCACUGUCACUCAGACUGGAUAUUGAUCGCUCGGUUCUCUAACCACGAUAACAAAAACUGGAUGAGUGACUCAGGUAACUGGUGGUAUGACCGUUUGACUGCUGUGGGUGCAACUGAUAAUCCAUCAAGUAAUGCUGAUAUGAUUUCACCAGCCUUUUGGUUGGCCAGAGGCAGAGAGUUUAAGAUCACGCGCAGUGAUGAUCCCAGUCACACCCCACUGUUGCAGACCACAGGAAACUGUUUGGGAAUGCAAACAUUCCGAUCAAAAAUAACUAGUUAUGGUGACUUUAGAAACGGCAAGGUUUGGUCCAGUGACAGGUGCCUGGGAAGCUGCCCGGUUCAAAAUGACGGUCAGUACAAGACAACAGACGGGUUUCAGCAGGCUGAGUGUAAUAGCAACAUCCAAAGCAGCAACAAGAUUGGCUUCUGGUGUGACUGGGAUAGUGGUGAUGGAUCAGUGAUGAUGAUUGGUGGAGGAGGAAAGGACUGUAAACGUGCUGAUCACGGGAUUGGAAUAACAGAAACAGGGGGUGCUUCUUUUGUCGAUUAUGGCACAAGUGAAACUGAAUAUGACUUUGGAUAUGAAGCUAUGACGGGGAAUGCUCCAACCCAGUCCUACUCACUGAACUUGUGGAUCCGCUAA